AGUAACACACCGUCUCUAUAGGUAGGUAUAGGUACCAUUCGUGACCAUGCUAACGUGAAUCAGUCAUGCUUUGAACGCUGUUCUCGACUAGACGUAUAUUUUCCUACACCAACUGCAGGUGUUUAUAAUAUUAUUAAUAACUAGCACUUGAUACCGACUCAUAAUAGUAUUUUCUAUGAUAUAUUUGUUGCAUUACAAAAUAUUUUACACAGUGUAUAGCUAUUAACUAUCAAAUCGAACUGAAAAUAUUAUAAAUAUAUUUAUCGUGUCUAAUAAUAAUAAAUAAAUAACAAUAUUACAUCUAUUUCAGUUAUAAUUAAUAUUAUACCGAUAUCUAAGUAUAGUGCUGCCUGAAGUAUCCAUCUAUAUACAUGUCAGUUUAAAUAUUGAAAUGUUUGGCUUCAUUGUAAAAUCUCAGGUAUGUAACAGUUUUGAUUAUUUUAUACCUAUACUUAAGUAUAUCUUUAGUAAAUACUAAAAUAAAAAUUAUACAGUAAAAUUCCAUAUAACGGUAGCCGAAGGAACCGAAAAUAAUAACCCUUAUUUAGAGGUAACCGUCCUUUAGAGGUUUCCUAUAAAGGCAUAACACUUGACGGGACCAAAAAUAUGAUCGUUUCACAGAAGUGACCACUGACCGUCUUUGGGAGGUGGCCGUUAACGGAAGUUUUACUGAAAUUUAUUUUGUUUAUUUUUACAAUAAAUUAUCUUAUGGCUAUAACACAGUUGAAUAAUUUUCAAAUUUUAUUUGGGAGAACUACAUCAGUCUAACAAUAACCAGCAACAUAUUAAAUUUGAGUUUAAACACAAUUAGCAACAUUUGCGAGCAACUCAAAUACUAUUCACCAAUUACCACGCCACUGAAUAUACUCUAUCUAAAAACUCAAUAUACGUACAUAUACGGACUAAUACAAAUUUUUAAUCAAUAAUAAAGUAUAAAUUAAUAAAUUUGAACCAAUUAUUUAACAUAUAUUCUAUCAUCUAUCAAUCAAUAUAACAUAUAUUACAUCAGGUAGAUACCUGAUGUAAACCUACCUAUGUAUCUACCUAUAAAACAAAUUUGAAUGUAAUAACUAAUGAGUCAAUUGAAAUUUUCAACCUUUUCAUUUCUAGAACAUUUAAUUUCAGUAUUAUCUUAAAAUUCUGUAUAUUAUAUAAGCUAGUAGCUAUACAUUUCAGUAUUCCUAUGAUGAAUUUUUACUUGAUUGGAUUUUAUUAUACCGACCUACUAUUCAAGUUAAUAGUUAUAUAAUGUAGGUAGUAGAUGCCUUUUUAAAAUAAAUUUUCUGUUAAAUUAUUUUGAUAUGUUGCGUUCAUAUUUAUACAGUUAUAUAAAUUUGUCAUCAAAUCUAUCCUAAUAAUUAAAUGAUAGUUAGGUAUACCAUCUAUACCUACAUAUUAUUAUAGUGCCUACAUGACGCGAUUAUGUCUGCUGUAUAUUUAUUAGUAAAACAGUUAGAAAGCGUAAUUUUUAGGUUUGCACGAAAAAUAAGUAUGAAUCUUAUUUCUUAUUUUAAAAUUUUAAUUGACUUCGAUUUUUUUGAGUACAAAUAAAAACGACAUUAUUUUCAAACAUAAUAUUUUUAUUGGUUACGUAACUCAUUUUAAAGUAUAUAUGUUAGAUAUAAAAUUACAAUCAGUAUUCAUACUAAUAAAGUAUUGAUUAAAUUGGUUCAUUUAAAAACUAGUGGUCACGUUAUUUUAUCUCGGAUAUUUUAAUCCAGAUUCCAGUUUACCUAUAUGCUGUUCUAGUCACAUUUACAUCAUGUAAUCAUGUCAUCAUAUCAUAUAAACAGACAUCUACAAUGACUAUAAUUGUAUCAAAUAUUUUAACAUAAAAACUUUUAAUUAUUAUUUAGUGGACAUUGAUAAGAAUCAAAAACAUAACAUAUUUGUUAUUGAUUAUAAAAAUAAUAAUGGUUUCUACUAAUUUACUGUCAAACUUCCACAAGUUUUAUAAUUACCUAUAAAUAUAUUUUUGUAAAUCCAUAAGUAAAUAUUCGUACAUACAUAAUAUAUUAUAUCCAAAUUAAUUUUCAUUGCAUUAUAUACUUUGAAAAUGUUUCUUUAUUCACAGAUACUUAGAGGUGGGUAAUUAUUACUUACCUAUCUAUUUAGAAUAUUUAUUAAUUCCAAUUUCAAGAUUUGUAUAUUGUAGUUAAUUUAAAUAUAAAUAUUGUUUAAUUCAUUUAUUUGUACUUUUUUUCAAAGUAUACAAAUUAUUUGUUGGGUUUUUUUGUUAUAACGGAAUAACUUAUUGUCUAGCUAAUUCAGAAUUACCGACAAAAAAUAUACUAUAUAGGUAGUAAAUACUAACCUAAAUUAAGUAUAGUGAAAACUUGCACCUAAUUAAAAAAAUAAUUUUUUUUUCAACAGACUUGAUUACUUAUACAUUUUGUUAUGUAUGAUCAUUUUUUCUCUUAACACUGUCAUCAAUUAAUUAACAUAAUAUAAUAAUUUAUGAAAAAUAUUUUUUAUACCUGAUAUCUAAUGAAUUUAACUACUUUUUUACUUUAUAAUGUCGUAUUUAUUUGUAAAGAAAAUGUUCAACGGUAUAGACAAUCAUGACAGGAAUAAAAUAGAUUUUAUUGAUUUAAAAUUUAAAUAUGUUUUUUUCAGUUGUAAACCUCUUAAUAAUUAAUGAAACUAUGUAUGAUAAUGAUACAGUAGAUUUUUUAGAAGUUAACAGUGAUGUAUGCAAAAUAAUAGAAAGAUAGUAAUCAAUAAAUGUAAUUGUCUACAAAAUUGAAAAUCCUCGUGGUAUGAUUACACAUUAUAUAAUAAAGUUAUUAUUAUUUGCUAUAAUUUUAGGUAAAUUUGUUAAGAAAAAUAAUACAUAAUAAUAAAUAAUUUGUAUUCACAAUUUAUCACACCCGUAAAAUAUUUUAAUCGUCCGAUGACUUCUGCUAUUAUUGAUUCGAUUAAUCGAUUUUCCGUAGCAACCAGUAAUUCUAGAGGAUAGAGAAAUAGGUUGGUACAAUAAUAAUAUAAAACAAAUUAUACUCACAGACGACUGGUUCUGAACCAUUGAACCGCUACAUGUCACCUGAAAUCUGACAAAAUCGCAGGGGUAAUUUUUUAUAGGAAAUUUUAUCUUGAAAUUCGUUAUGGUGAAUACAUUUUUAGAACGCAUAAAUUCAUCCAUUAUGACAUUUUAAAUAUUUCUUUAAAUUAUAUUAAUAAUAAUUUUAAUUUUAAACCAAUUUAGUUAUUAACAUCUUAUAGUACCUAUACCUACAGGCUAUAGCUAGGUAUGUGUACUUUAAUUUUAAUUUCUCUUAACAUAUAUUUUCAUUUUUGCUAUUUAAAUUCUACUCAAGCUUAACAGUAUUAAUCUAGACUUAAAUAAUAUUGUGUACAUAUUAUACCAGAUAUAUUAUAGUAUAAUAUGCCUAUUACCUAUAUAAAGAUGGUAAGGCCGUUCGAAAUCAAAAUAUUGCUACUGUAUACAACCAUAUACAGCUUACAGGCUAUUAUACAGAACAAUAUUACUUAUAUAUUAUAAAUAUUUUAAUUUUUUUAAAUAUGUAGGUACUUAAUACCUAUGUUUAUACUAUACAAAUAAACUAGCUGUCCCGCUUUGUAUUAUUAUUAUUUUACCUAUAUUCAUUUUUGAUUUUGGCCGUAUCAGAAUUGAAUGAAAACUAGAUGGAAAGUGGAUAGUCCACCUUCGGCAGACUAAAUGUAUUUUAUUGUGAAAUUUUAAUAGUGUAAAUAAUAAUAACAAUAAUAAUUGUAAUAGUUUUCUUUUCCGUAACACCAAGGUAACCCUUGCAAAAUAAAUACAAAGAAUUAAAUAAACAAUUGGAUAUUCAUAUCAAAUAUACCUAAAAACCACUAUUUUACCCCCUUAGGGGUUGAAUUUUCAAAAAUCCUUUCUUAGCGGAUGCCUACGUCUAGUGGUUUGGGCUAGGCGAUGAUGAAAUCAGUCAGUCAGUCAGGACAUGUUAUUUUUUGUAUAUAAAUAGAACGUAAGUGCCUAUCUACAGUCACGUGUGUAUAGGAAUAUGUGAUCGUUUUUCUUUUAUAUAUAAUUUAUUGUCAAUGCUUAGCAUUCAACGCAUGAAAGGGAAAUUCGGACGUCUUCGUUCAAUUUACCUACACUAAAUUAUCGAUUCGUUUUCACCAAUUGUACGUGCGAGGAUCAAAUUAAAACGAAAGUGACAGUUUUUUUUUUCUACUUGGACAUUAUUAUAAUGCAGAUACCUACACAUAGGAGAGCAUUAUAGUGCGUUAUAUUGUGACUAAUCAAAUUGCUACCUAAUCAAAUUGUGUUCCAAAAACUUUCUUUUCGUAUCAAUAAAAACGUUUUUUUAAGUAACAAUACAAAAAUUGUUACCAACCUAGGUAUCGUAUUUUGAAUUCAUAUUAAAAUAUAAUUUCAUUAAAAACCUACCUGUUAGUGGGUAGUUAUUAUUAUUUAUUUAUAUUUAGUUUAUCUACAUAAAACUAUUUAUUAUUUUUUUUAAUUUGAUUACAAAUUAGUGGUUUCAAAAAAUGUUUGUUUUAAAGUCUAUAUUCAUAAUGAACAAUUAAAUAAUUUAUUUUUCUAACGGAAAAAAUGUACAGUAAAAAUCAAAAUAGUGAUAAAAGUGAUAUUUAUAAAUUAUUUAAGAAACCAAGUAGGUAACUAACAAACUACAAAGUGCUUUGGAGUUUGGAUGUAGGCGUAUAUUGUGAUAUUUUUAUUACUUAUACCUUUACCUACUUAGUAUAGUAUUGUGACAGGUAUAGUAAAAAAUGGUAAAAGAAGUAGAGGUGACUUCUACCAUAAUAAAAUUAUAACUGCUAUUUGGUAACAUGACUACUAGUCACUAGUAGCAUUAAAGAAUAAAUAGCAGUCAUCAAUCAAUAUUUUCAUAUUAGAGUAGCAAUGUGUGAUUUUUACUUUGAAAUCACCGUUACUGUUAUUUCAUACAAUCAUUAAUUCCUACAUAGGAUUUGUCAAAAAUCUUUUGCAAAUUUUAAUCCUUAUUUGCCAUAAAUUUGAUUUAAAAAUUCUGAAAUAUAUAGAAGAUGAAGCCGAUGAAGAAGCCGAUCUCAUGUAGGUAUACCUACUGUUCACGCUGAAUUAAAGUCUAUCCAUAUCUAGUCCCCUUAAAUUAUAUAUUUGCAUUACUAUAAAUACAACUUGUAUGUUCCAAAAUAUAAAAUAAUAAUUUAUAGCUACCAAUAAUCAAUAUCGGAUAUAUUAUUAUAUUAAUACUGCGAUUUUGUAUUAUUAUUCCUACUUACCUAUUAUUUAACUAUUAACAGAACAUACCUACCUUACAACAGUAGACAAAAAAAAUCAAUUUCACCAUACAGAAAUCGGUUUAAUAUCCGUUACUAAUUGGUUUGUUAAUUUUCUGUUUUCUUCGGUUUAGCCCGUUAAAUUUGUAUAUAGAUAGUACCUACCUAUACAGUUGUAUACCUAUAUAAUUUGAGCUAUAAAAUAAUAUGAUGUCACACGGGUUUCAAUAAUUAAAGUGUAAAAUUAUUUUACAUUCUUGAUAAUGGAAAUAGAUCAUUUACAAUUAUUAUCAAAAAGAGUAGGUAUAUAAUAAUAUAAUUCUAAAUUCUAACUCUCUGAUAUAAAUAAUAAUGAAAAAUAAAAUAGUGUAAUCAAUUAUUAAUUUAUUUUAAAUAACCUGUAUUAUAGAUAAAAAUACAAUUUAUUUUAAAAUAUUAUUUAUACCUAUUUCAAUUUUCAAUGAUAAUAUGCAUAGGUAGGUACAUUUCAAAAAAUAUUCGCACCAUCACAUUGCUCGUGAUUUCUGUAAUUUCAAAUUGAUUUUAUUAUUACCUACCGUUUACAUUUUUUUCAUUUUUUUGUCUAGAAUGCCAACAAAAUGAUGGCAGACUUUACGUUUACUUCUUCGGAUCACGCUGGACGACUACGCAUCAUGUCUGUAUACUUUUGGUUGACGUUGUUGGCUUUGUGCCAAUGUUUAUACGGAAAACCGACAAUUGCCACUGCACAUCGAUGGAGUUUGGCCGAAUUGUCGGUCACGUCCAGCGAACUGCCCAAACAGAUACCGGCGCCACCUUAUCCACAACAGCAGAGAAUCCAAUCGACACCGCAUUACGACCAACAACUGAAAUUGCCGUCAGCUGGUAACGAAAUAGGUCCGCGGCACCAACACUAUCCGUGGACCCGACCAACUGCGUCAAUCAUUUGAAAAAAUAUAUUUAUUAUUUAUUAUAAUAUUUUAUACAUCUGGCAAACAUCAUCUGAGCCAUGUUCAGAAAAUAUAAUGGUUCCAGAAAUCUCGUAUCAUAAAAAUAAAGAAAAUAAAUUACAAUUGUAAUAAACACCAUCGAAUUUUGAAAACAACUGCUGAUCAUUUUAAGGUCAGAACCAAAAAACUACAAAGAAUUGACAAUUUUAUCUUGAAAAUAUCAAAAGAACCAAUUUAUAUUGUUAUUAUAUUUAUUUAUUUAUAAUUUAUAGUCCAAACCUUGAAGAUUAUAACGACUAUAUAGUUAACUAAAACCUCAGAGCAAUUUAAAAUAAAAGCUUCCAGAAUGUAGUAUAAACGUAUACAUAUUAAAGUAAUUUAAUGACCAUUUUUCUAAAUUCAUUAUUGUGAACCUAUUCCUAUAUUUAACUUUGUUUAAUUGUUAUAAUUUAUUAUAUUAUUGAUUAUUAUACAUGUUGGUGACCAAAGUUACCCAAUUUAUACUUACUUCACGCUUUUAUGUUAUACCAUAUAAAAAUUAACAAGGUAUUUUUUUCCUUAACUUUUUCUAUAUAUUAUUUAUUUAUUUUUAGAUAUUUUAGGCCAUAGGUAUUUAAAAAAUAAUUGUAGUUUUUAUGAAAAUAUAUAUUAGAUAAAAAUCUAAUUUCUAAGUUAAUUUCUAAUAUUUAAGUUCUAAUAUUAAGCGGAUAUUAUAUCUUAUGUUAAAUAAUUCUAUAUUGUGUAAUCUUUAAUAUGUUUGUUAUAGCCAAAUGGGGUUAUACAUACCUAUUAUUAUUCUAGGGGUCGUGGUUUUAAACCAGUGUUUCAAAAAAUGCUUUGCAGUUAUUUUUCCCUUAUACCCAAACAGAGGAAAACAAAUGUAAUUUAGGUAUACCUAGAGACCCAGCUAUUGCUCGCUCAGAAUAUUUUAAUAGAAAAAUACUUUUGAUACAAUUUGUUAUGCAAACUUUUCUACCAGAAAUCUUGUGUCAAUGUAUAAAGUAGCUUAUUUUCUGAAAGGAAAUUUUAUAUCCAUGGUAACUUAAGGAGGUCACUUUUUGAUUUUUUAACCGGUUUUCUUAAUACCUGGGAAAAACCACAAUAAAAUGUUGGAAAAACGGAAAAUGUACAAAAUGUAGGUAUAAGAAAAAAAUAUUAUGGCCUUUUUUUUCUGUGUACAACUUUUCUACUAGCAAUUUUACUCAGAUUUCAAAUGAUAGUACUCUUUUUGAAAGUUAAUUUGAUUGGGGAUGUACUUUAGAGAGGUGAUUUUUCGAUUUACCUAGGAGUUUUCUCAACAAAUGUGAAAAACCGAAAAAAAAUGUAGGAGAAACCGGGAUAAACGAUACAAUAUAAACAAAUAUUAUUAAAGAAAAUAUAUCAUGCCUAUUUAAUUAUUUUACCAUAAUAUAACAUAUAUAUUGUUGACAAAGCACCACUAUCAACUAAUCUGUGCUCAGGAUUGCUUUUCGUUAGCAAUGGUUUAUCGUUGUUUACAGAUUUAAUUAAAUUACCUAUAACAGUGGCUGCACCCGUCUCCAUUAUACUAGGAUGUCUUUUUCUAUUUUAUUAUACCAAAUAUUAUAAAGAUAAUUGUACAUAGAAAUUUAAAUUUUAUUAAAGUUGGUUAGAAAAGUAUUCUUGGCAAUAUUCAAAAAUAGAUGAUGAAGCAUGGUGUUGUUUAGAUUUUGCCAGGUAUAGAAAUCCAUAAAAAAAAUUGUAUUCAAACUUAUUACUUUAUUAUGUAAAUCAUUACAGUUAUUUUAUAUGACUGUGUUGUCUUUAUGUAGAAAAUAAAAAUGAUUCAUUGUUAUGAAUAUUAAGAACUUAAGUUUAAUAAGAUUGUACCAAUUUAUUACAUUGUUGAAUUUAAAGAUAGUUAACAUUUGUACUAUAAAAUUAAAACAUUAUAUUUUAAUCAUAUUAUUAUGUAGGUAUACACAAAUUAAUAUAUUAAAAAUGUAAUUAGAAUUAUUUGUAUUAAUUUAUAUUAAGUUCAUACUACCUAUUCAAAAU